UCUUACUUCACUAACGAGGAAGAUACUGCGAACGGAGAGAAAAACCAUCGUUUUCACUAGAACCCUAAAACCUCCGAGAUCAUCUUCGCCGUUUCCCUCCGGAUCGAUCGCCGGGAAAAAUGGUGUCGCUUGUUCAGCCGUCGCCUACUCUGUCGGCGCUACGUUUCCGGCGUACUUCGCCAGUCCACCGCUCUUCUUCCGCUCGUUUCCCUGUUUGGUGUAAUGCGUCGGAGCCUCUGAAAUUCGACGGCGGAAACUCCGCCGGAUUUCAUCUACUGAACGGCGAGACCUCACCGCCGAGCUUUUUUGCCUCAAAGACUCGUCUUGAAGAUGCUAUCCAUAAGAACACUACCCGGCUUCGGAUAUUUUCCGGCACUGCUAAUCCUGCCCUAGCUCAGGAGAUUGCUUGCUAUUUGGGUCUGGAGCUUGGAAAGAUCAAGAUCAAACGCUUUGCUGAUGGUGAGAUCUACGUUCAGCUACAAGAGAGCGUAAGAGGAUGUGAUGUGUACCUUGUACAACCCACCUGCCCACCUGCAAAUGAAAACCUUAUGGAAUUGCUCAUCAUGAUUGAUGCAUGCCGGAGGGCAUCAGCUAAAAACAUUACAGCAGUGAUUCCAUAUUUUGGUUAUGCUCGGGCUGAUAGAAAGACACAAGGACGUGAGUCCAUUGCAGCCAAGCUUGUCGCCAACUUGAUUACUGAAGCUGGUGCAAACCGUGUUCUCGCCUGUGAUCUUCACUCCGGACAGUCUAUGGGCUACUUUGAUAUUCCCGUCGAUCAUGUUUAUGGUCAGCCUGUGAUACUGGACUACCUAGCCAGCAAGACUAUAUACUCUGACGAUUUGGUAGUAGUUUCACCUGAUGUUGGUGGUGUUGCGAGGGCUCGUGCUUUUGCCAAAAAGUUAUCUGAUGCACCUUUAGCCAUAGUUGAUAAAAGGCGUCAUGGACACAAUGUUGCAGAGGUGAUGAACUUAAUUGGGGAUGUCAAAGGGAAAGUAGCUGUGAUGGUCGAUGACAUGAUAGACACAGCUGGAACUAUAAGUAAAGGCGCUGCUUUGUUACACCAGGAGGGGGCAAGGGAAGUUUAUGCAUGCACCACUCAUGCAGUUUUUAGCCCUCCUGCGAUAGAGAGGUUGUCAAGUGGUCUUUUUCAGGAGGUGAUCAUAACCAACACAAUUCCAGUGUCGGAACAGAACUACUUUCCUCAGCUCACAAUCCUCUCGGUAGCAAACCUUCUGGGGGAGACCAUAUGGCAUGUCCACGAUGAUUACGCCGGGGGAUUUGCACCAUUCUCAUCAUUGGGAAUUGACUAAUCGGGUAUACCCCAUGCUUUCCAGAGAAUUUCCAGACGCAUACAGAAUCAAGAGCUCUUCUCUCCGAUCCUUCAAAGUCGGGCACACGGUUUCUUUGUAGAUGUUGAUUUUUGAGUUCUUCCUAUAUGAAUGUCUGUCUAUAUGGGAAACUCCGUAGAUGACUAGAAGAUGGAAUGUAUUGAACUUUUGAUGAAGUUUCUACUUUAUUGAAUUGGUGAUAGUAAAGAUCUGUUGCAGCCAA